GGCACGGGGAGGAGCGCGCCGGGCCGGGCCGGGCCGGGCGGCGCCGGAGGGCCGGGGGAGCUGCUGCACCUGAUACACCGGGGCGGGAGCGCGGCGGAGGAGGGCGGGAGGGAGCGGCGCUGCCGCCGCCUGCGAACGCCUCUCGCCGCCGUUAGACAGCGCUGGUCUCGCCGCUUCUCCCUCCGCCCGCCCCUUCUGCGCGGAGCUGGGCUCUCGCUCCUGUUCCCCUCGGGGCCGGCGGCAGCGCGUCCUCCUCGUCUCCCCUGGGCCCCAUGGCUUCGGCCGGCAGCGGCAUGGAGGAGGUGCGCGUCUCGGUGCUGACCCCGCUGAAGCUGGUGGGGCUGGUGUGCAUCUUUCUGGCGCUGUGCCUGGACCUGGGAGCCGUGCUGAGCCCCGCCUGGGUGACGGCGGACCACCAGUACUACCUGUCCCUCUGGGAGUCCUGCCGCAAGCCCGGCAACUUGGACAGCUGGCUCUGCGAGUCGACGCUGCACAGCGACUGGCAGAUAGCUACUCUGGCUCUGCUGCUGGGUGGUGCUGCCAUUAUUCUCAUAGCUUUCCUGGUGGGGCUGAUCUCCAUCUGCGUGGGAUCUCGGAGGCGCUUCUACAGACCAGUUGCAGUCAUGCUCUUUGCUGCAGUUGUUCUCCAGGUGUGCAGCUUAGUCCUUUACCCAAUCAAGUUCAUCGAAACGGUCAGCUUGAAAAUAUACCAUGAAUUCAACUGGGGCUAUGGCCUGGCAUGGGGUGCAACUAUAUUUUCAUUUGGGGGUGCCAUUCUUUAUUGCCUGAACCCUAAGAACUAUGAAGACUAUUACUAGAAUCAUUUAAUGAAAAGAAAAAUUUAAAAAAGGAUUACCCCAUCUUUUCUAGCUCACAGUUUUUUUAGAACACUUGUGGAGCACCAAACAGUCUGCUCUGUUGAUAAAAUAGCCUUUGCCUUUUGGGUGUGAACACUGUAACCAGCUUUUACAACCAUUUAGAAGAACUGCAAACACUAGGAUUGCUGAUCUUACAUAGGCAGAUGCUGCAAGCUGCUGAUACAUAAACUUCAUUUUUCCUCACCACAAGCAAAAGGAUCUACGUGACAGCGAUCGUUGUGAGAAAACUAGUUGGAAUGAGAAUGCAAUGCCAGCAUCUGCUAUUGCCUUCAGGGGAGCAGCUGGUAUGGGCUCCAUUUAGAAGUUUCCCUGUAUCAUAGAGGAUUCAGAUGUCUGAUAAGCAGGCGAUGGCAUCUUGUACAAUAGGCUGAGUUGGCCCCUUGUUACUUGCUCAAAAGCGCUCUUAAGGACUUACUUGCAAGGGACUGUGUUGAGGGCAGUGAAUGUAACUGGUUAAUGACUUGUCUAAUAUCUGCAUUCAGCAGUCUGCUGGGAGAAUAAUUUAAAAAAAGAGAAACCCAAACAAGCCACCAACCCACACAGGCUUUCAUGAAUUAGUAAUCGACAUCACCGUGCCAGCUGUAGCAGAUUGUUGAAGGAGGUCCAAACCCAGAGACGUGUGCUUCUGACUGUGUAGUUGGAAGUUGUCUCAGCUCUCAGUGUUUUGCUGGAGGGGUGAAGAUAAAGGGGAAUGGAAAAAGACCUGUUUUGUCUCUGAGACAUCUAAAAUGUAUGAAUGAAUUGCAGUUGUCCUGAGUACCCAUUUAACCUGCAAACAUUGUCAUGAAAAGAAUGCAUAUGGAACAAGUUCAGUUAUAUUUUUGAAAGGCAUUUGUUAUGAAUAUAUAUAUAAUGCAAAUAUAUAUGCAGGGGGAGAGAAAUGAUUCAUCUUCAAAUUGUAAUAUGAGCUGUGAUGCAGUGGUUAAAAUACUAACUUUGUGCACAUUCUUGAAAAUCUUGGAUUGGUGCCCCCAAUUUUGAUUGGUGUUACAAAAUAAACACACAAUGGUUUGUCUUCUGUAUAUGCCCUUGUACAGACUCUGUGUUAUGGGAAAUGCUUAAAAGUUCACGUCAAGUUAAGGUAGAACUGGACAAAAACAACUUCUUGCUAUUCCAUGUGUAAUAUAAUACAUGCUAAAAAUUCUUUUCUAAGGAUGUUGCAAAUUUUAAAACUGCCAUUUUUUAAAAAUCUGGUUAGGUUUUGAGUAUCCUUGAUCAUCAAGAAUAAAGCUGAGACCCCAUCAUGUCCAUAUUAAAAGAUUACUACUUCAGGAGGUAAUCUCUUGUUUUUAAAAGAUGAGUUUCUAAUGGACUUUUUGAUGAUUAUGUACAUCUGAUUACUCCUUGCUUACUAUGUUUCCCACUUAAAACAUCCAGAGACUGUACUCGUGAAAUGAAACCCAAGAUAAAAUAGGGAGAACCUUCACAUGAAUUUAAUCCGCAUCACUUUUAUUUUUGUUUACAAUUUGCUUAUUUGGAUAUUUUCACUUACUUAUAAGCAUAUUUUUAUACAAUUGUGAUCUUUAGAAAUAACUAUUUUUUUUAAUGGAGAAAUUUAAAAUAUAUUCUUGGUGGUCCUCUGCACAAGCAGAUGUGCUGGGGUUGCACAUCCACUGUACACAAAUGGUUUUGCUGGUUCCAUGGGAAAGGCUCCUGAAUUACAGGGCUUUAAGAUGCCACCUCUUGUGUUGCUGCUGGGCCAACACCUGCAGAGUGCUGGGGGUCUGCAGUGAGCAGGGGACCACGGGGCUGCCUUCAGGAGGUCACUGUGCAGGUACUGCUGGCUUGUGGAGAUAGUUUAUAGAACUCUGGGGUGCUUCGGAGUUCAGUCCUUACACCGUGGCGGAAUAUUCCGAUUCGGCGGCCUUUGCAGAACCAGCAGUGAUUAAUUAGAUUAGAUGGAGCAAAAGGACAGCUUGACGAGGAGGGGACUGCCUGGCAAUGCCUGGAGAACAAAAGGGAUGGGAGGAGAACCUGUAUCCAGUUAUUUCGCAGGCACCAAGAGAGCAUUUGUAACUCUGCUUCAUUUCCUGGGACUGACUUAAGGCGGAUAUCUGGUAUAUAGUAAACUCAGUAAAUUCCUGAA